AUGGGAAUGACUGUUCACUGCCGCAUCAUGAAGAUUGACAUUGAGAAGUUUAGUGCAGACCUGACCUGCCGCACCUCGGACCUCAUGGAUAGGAACAAUGAGUGGAAGCUGCCCAAGGAUACCUACUAUGACUUUGAUGCUGAAGCAGCAGACCACAAGCAGGAGAAGGACCUGAAGCAGAAGCAGCAAUGGACCACAUAUAUCAAGCGAGGUGACAUGAUCAUCCGACCUAGCAGCAAGGGUGAGAAUCACCUGACAGUGACCCGGAAGGUCAGUGACGGCAUCUACCAGCACGUGGAUGUGCGGGAAGAGGGCAAGGAAAACGCCUUCAGCCUGGGAGCCACCCUGUGGAUCAGCAGUGAGGAGUUUGAAGACUUGAAUGAGAUUGUUGCCUGCUAUGUUGAGCCUAUGGCAUCCUUUGCCCGGGAUCUUCUAAACCACAAAUAUUAUCAGGACUGCAGCAGUAGGGACCAUAAGAAAUUAGAGGAGCUGCUCAUCAAAACUAAGAAGAAGCCCACCUUCAUUCUCUAUUUCAUCUGUGCCUGCAAGGAACUGCCCGGCAAGUUCCUACUGGGAUACCAGCCCCGGGGUAAACCCAGGAUAGAGUAUGUAACUGUGACUCCAGAAGGAUUCCGGUACCAGGGCCAAGUCUUCCCCACUGUGAAUGGCCUUUUCAGAUGGUUUAAGGAUCACUAUCAGGAUCCUGUACCAGGCAUCACCCCCACUAGCAGCAGCAGGACCCGAACACCUGCUUUUAUCAAUGCUACCCCAGCCAACAUCAACCUUGCAGAUCUGGCACGGGCUGUGAACGCCCUGCCCCAGAACAUGACCUCACAGAUGUUCAAUGCCAUUGCUGCCGUGACAGGUUGGGGCCAGAACCCUAAUGCCACCCCAACACAGUGGGCCUCCAGCCAGUAUGGCUAUGGUGGCAGCAGAGGGGGCAGUAGCGCUUACCACAUAUUCCCAACACCAACCCAGCAGCCAGUGGCCACACCACUAAUGACCCCCAGCUACUCCUACACAACACCCAGCCAACCCAUCACCACGCCACAGUACCACCAGCUGCAGGCCAGCACCACCCCACAGUCUGCCCAGGCCCAGCCCCAGCCCUCCUCCGGCUCCUGGCAAUGCAGCAGCAGCCAAAUCCAACAGCCAUGCAGCCAUCGACUGGGGCAAGAUGGUGGAGCAGUGGCUACAGGAGAAGGAGGCGGAGUGGCGGAAACAGAAGCAGCGGCUGAUCCCUCGACCCUCCCCCAGCCCUAUGAUCGAAAGCACCCUCAUGUCUACUGCUGGUGA